AUGCGGGGUAGUGAGCUAGGCACUCGGAAAGAAGGCCGAAAUGCGGAGGGGCACGGGAAGGGAGCCAUGGCUGCAGCUAACUCGAGUCGGGAAAAUGCGACAGCGACUGCCCACUCGAGGUCGUCAUGGCGACAGCCAGUGAACGUGUUCCUCUCCUCAGGCAGGCCCCCGAGUGUAGAGGAGCUGCUUCGAGAGGCGCAGCUUAAUCUCCAGAGCCUGUUGCAAGAAGAAUAUGAGGAGCAGUACUCAGAGGCCAGACUGCUGGGGCAGACCUUCCGCUCUGCUGAUGAGGCCCCUGAGCCCACUCCCAGCCCAAGGCCCCAGUCUGCCAGGCGUCUGGAGUUUGUAUUGAUGCCUACAAAACAGCAGCUGAGCGAGGAUGAGACUACCACCCAGGGUGUGAGGGCCCCUGAGGCCUCCCUGAGCCUGUCUACCACAGCCGACAAGCAAGUUGCCUGGAAUACCCCCUUCCCUCUGCCCAUCCUAGAGGAGAAGCGGUGGCUUCAGCCUUGCUCCACGCACUCUGACAUUGUGCCCAUCAACAUCUCUGGGCAGCAGUUCGAUAAACAUGCAAGUUUGCGACACUCCUUGUUUAACACAGAGACAGCCGUGAACCCCAAGUCCACCCUGAGGCGGAGGCGGACCAUUAUUGGAUUCUCUAACUUUUCACAGCAAGACCAAGGUCUCAGCAACAGCCCCACAGGCAGGUUGGCUUGCUCUACCAGCUCAGACAUCAAGCCCAGUCAUUCUGUUCCAGAAGGUGUUCAUGGAAGAGUUGCCAUUGGUGAGGAAGCUCAUUUCCCAAAUCUCACCUCACCAGUACUGAGAAAGCCUUCUAGUGAUCCCGACGAACCUCUCCAGGUGCGUGGUGGCACCAAGCCUCCUGGCAUGGAAAGCAUGGGAAUGGUGUAUAGCGUCUCCAGUUCUUGCAAUGGACCAACAGAAUCUACAUUCUCUGCUUUGUGGAAAGGAGAUGCUUUCACCUAUAUGACUCCAAGUGCCACCAGUCAGAGCAAUCAAGUCAAUGAAAAUGGAAAAAAUCCUUCCUCUGGGAAUUCAUGGGCCUCUCUGCACACACUGCCACCUCUGGUUCCUAAGGAGGCUGCUGCACUCUUUGUCACUCGUGAUAACCCAGCAGGAUGCAGUGGAUCAGCUGGCUACUCUGAACACCCUACACAACAAAGGCAAGUAUCAGAGCGACCCUUCAAGAUUGGCCUUCUGACUGGUGGCACCUCAAGGCUGGAUACAGGCCCAGGUGGGGCCAGCAGGUUCCGGGAGCGGUCACUGUCUGUACCUACAGAUUCAGGCACCACAGAUGUGGACUACGAUGAGGAGCAGAAGUCCAAUGAAGCCUGUGCCUUGCCUUAUGCCAGUACAAGUUCUGAGGGCAGUAACAGUGCUGACAACAUUGCCUCCAUUAGUUCCCAGCAGGAGGCCCACCACAGAAGGCAGAGAUCCAGGAGUAUCUCACUCAAGAAGGCCAAAAAGAAGCCUUCCCCACCAAUGCGCAGUGUCUCACUGGUCAAAGACGAACCAGUCCUCUUGCCAGAAGUUGGGUCAGCACUAUCCAAGGACCAGAGGCCCAGGAGCCUUUGCCUCUCCUUGGAACACCAAGGACAUCAUUCAUCCCAGGGUCACCCAGCUGUGCCCACCUUCAAAGACCCAGAAGAUACACAAUUCUCCCACCACUGGUAUCUUACUGACUGGAAGUCUGGUGACACCUACCAGUCCUUGUCCAGCUCCAGCACUGCCACUGGCACCACAGUUAUUGAGUGUACCCAAGUUCAGGGAAGCUCAGAGUCUCUUGCCUCCCCUUCCAUCUCCAGAGCUACUACACCUUCCCAACUCUCCAUUGAGGUAGAGGCUAGGGAGGUACCCUCUCCAGGAAGGCCCACUGGGCUGAUGUCACCCUCCAGUGGAUACUCCAGCCAGUCGGAGACACCAACACCCACUGUCUCCAUGUCCUUGACCCUGGGCCACUUGCCUCCUCCAAGUGGCAGUGUCCGGGUACGUCCAGUGGUACCCGAGAGGAAGUCAUCACUGCCCCCAACAUCGCCAAUGGAGAAAAUUUCAAAGUCACGAUUAUCGUUUGACCUACCAUUGACCUCUUCUACCUACCUGGAUCUGUCUGGGAUGAGUAUCUCCAUACGAAGCAAAACCAAGGUGAGCCGGCAUCACUCAGAUACAAAUUUUGGGGCCAAGUUGGUCCAGAAAACUGGCCCCAACCAGCCAAUCAUGCCCAUGGUUACUCAGUCUGAUCUACGUUCUGUCCGCCUCAGGUCAGUAAGCAAGUCUGAGCCAGAAGAUGACAUUGAGAGCCCUGACUAUGCUGAGGAGUCGGGAGAAGUCUUCACCUUGCUAGAGAGAAAGAUGAAACCUCCCAUAGCUGAGAAACCCCCACUGGCUCGAAGGCCUCCAAGCUUGGUCCACAAACCACAAUCUGUCCCCGAGGAGUACCCACUAACUUCACCUACAUUGGCUAUAACCCCUAAGAGCUCAAUUCAAUACAUGAGGCCAUUCCCUCCAGACAUCUACACGGUGGUGAGGAAACCAAAGUCCUCUAGCUUCCCUGAGGCCAGAAGCCGAGGGGAGUCAACAGCACCCUCAGCUCUUGUUUUUACACCUUUUGCCAGUUCCUCUGGUGCUUUCUGCUCAGAAACCCAGCAACCCCCCCAGGGAAGUACAGAGGAUGAGGGCUCUAAGGUGAGAGCCCUGCCUGAAAGAAUUAGCCUCCAGAGCCAGGAACAAGCUGAGAAGAAGAAAAGCAAGAUUCCACCUCCUGUACCAAAAAAGCCCAGUGUGUUAUACCUGCCUCUCACCUCACCCACAGCUCAAAUGGAGGCCUAUGUGGCUGAACCAAGGCUGCCUGUCAGCCCCAUCAUCACCCUGGAAGAAGAUGCCAAGUGUCCCCCAACUGGCGACCACCUGCAAUCACCUGGUACAACAAGGACGACUACCACCCCACAGGCUGAUGAUGGAAGGGAGGCAAGCCCUUCAGGGAGUAUUAUGGAACCAAGUACUGAAGAAAAAAGUGUUAUCAGUGAUAAAACAGCUGAAUGGAUUGCAGAAGAUGAUGAUGAUGUGUUUGUGGCUUCACGUACAACUGAAGAUUUAUUUACUGUGAUACACAGGUCCAAAAGAAAGCUGCUUGGCUGGAAGGAGCCCGGUGAGGCCUUUGCCGGAGGCAGCAGACCAAGCUCCCACUCACCAAUAAGGAACACAGCUGAUUCUCCAAUUAGUGAGUCAACUGCCUCUGCAGGGUCAAGCAGCAGUAUCAGCCUAGAUGCUGGCAGAAAUGAUGAUUUCAAGGCCUUGCUACAAAAGAAGGGCAGUAAGGCAACUCCAAGGUCCCGCCCCUCAGCAGCGGAACUGCUGAAGACCACUAAUCCACUUGCUCGGAGAAUUAUUGCACAGUUUUCAAAAGACUAUGACACCACCGAUAGUCCCAGUACCUAAGCCCUGGGUUGAGCAAGUAGGGAUCAGUUACUAAACUUGAGUAUAAAAAGGAGAAGAGAAAGGGUUCUAAAAAGAAACCAUGGAAAUAACAAAAAAGCCUACAUUUCUUUUACUUAAACUCACACUCCGGACAGCAGGAGAGAGACCACUUUAUCUAGAAAUCAUCAGGCACUUUAAUCAUACGCAGACAUUUUAUGUUUUCAUACUUAAAAUCUUGCCAUUAUUGACUACAGAUUUUCUUCUUAUUUUCUGCCCAUGGUGUGCACCAAGAAGAAAUUCUCAGAUGCAAGGGCACACAUGCAUGUUUUCAAUGAAUGACCAGCUACUCCAUCCCUGGCUCCUAUUACUAAGGAGAACAGUGUAAGAGCAGAUUGGAGGCUGUCAAACCUGGGGAAAUAGGGAGCCGUUGCUGAUUAUUCACUUCCUUGGUGAGGCCUUAAUGACUUGUGUGGAGAAACAGAAAGACUCUGAUGCCUCUUCAACCACAGUUUAACUCUCUUCCACUGGGUUUGCAGGUGUGCACUUAUUUUGGCAUGAGUUGAUUGGAUGGCUUUUGUGCAAAAUAUGAAUGUUACUUGGCCCUGAACUUCAUGCCUUUUUUAGUUUGAUUGUCUACACGGUGAUCAGGGUGAUGAGUUUCGAUAACAUACAGAACCUUCCCCCACACACACCCCUUAGCUAGAAGAGGUCAGAACCUGGUUACUUUGAAUGAAACAAGCUCAGCCAACAAACAAGGCAGCCAUUUGUCCACCCUGAUCUAUCUGAGGUAACUUGCACGCAUGCUUUCAGACCCUUCUAUGGGUCUGAAGCUAAACAAUGAUAGCUAAAAUCUGUGCCCAGCUUAUGCUGCAUUCAAAGAACUCUCAUUUCAUUGGCAUAUAAAAUUCAUUACAGUAAGUAAUUAGCUGAACUAAUGGCAUCACCAAAGGCUCAAGGAGUAGAGAAAGUAAGUGUAACUUGCCCACCACCGUUCAAUUCAGAUUGUGGUUUGUGGUUGGUUGGUUUUGUUUAAAGCAAGUCUUACUAUGGUCCAGAAUUGAAAAUGCAUAAACUAAAAGGAUAUAUCCAGAAUCUAAAAGGCAGCCUUGCAAGUUGCUUUGGCCCAUAAUACAAAAAAGGCCUAAUUAGUUAACCAUGUGGGGAGAGAGGGUAAGAGCUGGGUAAAUAGGAUGCUGAUGGAGCCCCAGAACAAUCAUUGUGACUCCUCCUGACCGCCCCCCCCCAAAGCUAAUAUGCACUAACUCUUCUUGUCAGCUCAAUUUUCUAAUCAAAACCAGAGCAGUGAUUCAUUUGAUUUUCAUAUGUCUGGUUUCUGGGAGGUUGGGGGAAAAAGAGACCAAAAUUGAACAAAGAAAACUGGUUGAGCAAUAAUGGAGAGGUAACCGUCCACUGUCCAAGGAGGGGAAAAGAAGGCAAAUGAAAUAGUAGUCUGUCUCACAAAGAGGGUUCCCUUACCCUUUACUUCUUCACGCCCUGCCCCAACAGAUUCAUUGGUCAACUUCCUAGAGGAUGCAGAAACUGCCCCAGAGACAAGCAGAUCUUGAUUUUGAUAGAUCGUGUUGCUCACCAAUAAGAAGCAAACUCUUAGCACAAUUGCCCAAACUCCAGAGAACAGAGCAGCUGAAAAACCACACUGUGUGCUGAAAAGACUUAAGCCUCUCACACAGAAGCCCUGGGUCUAGGCACUUGGUUGGUACAGGUCUGAAUUCUAGACUUCUGAGUACAGGCCAGACCCACCCACUCCCUUGAAAUCAGCACUUUCCUCUGAUUUAUACCAACGCCACUUAAUAUAAUAAACAACAAAAUCCCAGCUGCUUUGUAAAGAAUUCAAACUAUUUGGUUUGUAGUAUGGAUGCUGAUGAUAGAGAGCAAGUCAUUCUCAACAUAACAGAAGGACCUGACUAAAUUUCAGGGGUUUUACCUGAAAUAAAAUAGAUUCAUUACUAGCCUUAAUUUAUAUAUGAUUGCCACACUUGUCUGUCCCAGUCUCAGAAUUCCAAAAGAUGCAAACAUUUUGCUCUGUAAGGAAAUGAAAGAGAGUUUGUGCUUUUGCCUAACAAAGGUAAAGAACAGUCAGGGCCUUCUUAAGAACCAUUAUGAAUAGCUGAACUCUAAAGCCAAGUAUGAGACUCACAUUGUUUAGGACUUGUUACUUCUGCUAAUUUUUCUGGAAGCAUCUUGUUUGCUACUUCUAGUGGGUUUUGCCUCUCCCCUCACCUUGCUAUCUCUAGUAGAUUCCCCAAAAGAUUUUAAGCUAAAUGCCGUGAUACCUUUAUAUUUUCCAAUUACAUUGCGUCUUACUUUACAAUAAUCUGUAUGCCUGGAUUUUUUAGAACAUCUUCUACAUCAUCACUCUGGCACUCAGAUGCUCAGUGGUGUUCCCAUUAACACAAAAGCAUUUGGGGCAAAGAUUUUAUGGUCAGAGGUAACAUUGAGGACUGGAAAUAUUUACUUAAUGUUUUACAAUAGGUGGACCUAGUUCCAAAAAACAACAACAAACUACUAUUUCUACCAGUCAUCGAUGAACAGAACACUGAACAUCUUUCUACUCCUAACACUCAACCUCUCUCCUCCCCCUUGAUUAUCGUAACAGCAACUCUCUCUCCCACCUAGGCACAUACCACAGUAUUUGCUGCCUUCUGCACCUACUCUGCUGAAACGGGAGAAGAGAGGCUGAAAGCCCCUCCAGAAAGGCUUUCAGAGAACCUUCUACUGCCACUAUUACUAGUGUGAAAAAUAACAAUUUUUGAAGGUGGAAUACAGAAGAGGUGCAAGUGAAAUGAAGUUGGCUCCAGGAGGUCAACUAACAAUUCAAGUUGUUUCUGCCCCUUUGUUUCCUCUGAUUCCAACUUAUAGCAGCAAGUGGCUCUGCUAGACUGACUUCAGUCCCAUCAGGAGAGCAGGAAGUCAUCUCCAGGAGAGGUUAGUUGGUAGCUAAGAGUGCUUUGCACUUAUUUGUGGUAUGGAUGUUGAGGAUAGAGAGCAAGUCAUUCUCAACAUAACAGGCAACUUCACUGGUGCCUCUUCAACUUUGUCUGCUUCAGUUUCUCUCCUGGGCCUUCCACCUGGCCUCAAUUUGUCCCUUAGCUGUAACCCCUGUAAAUCGCUUCCCUAGCUGACAGCUUGCCCUUUAAAAAAAAAAAAAAAGAGCAAGACAGCAAAUUAAUUCAUGUUAGCUUAAUAACCACAAAUUGAGCAGUUGAUCUGGAGACAUUACAUUGAAUCUGCAAAGACAGAUGAGAUUCUACAAGCAUUUUUACCAGACAUCCAUUUUAACUCUCUAGAGCAGGGACAACUUGGAUUGGGUUGCUAUCUCACUGUAUCAUCAGUCUGAGCAGAUCUGGCCAAGCACCUGCCCUCGUCCUCAUAAAUGAACUAUUCCCUAAAAAGACGAGUUCAUGACCAGUGCUCUUUUCCUCGCCAUUGCAGCCUUUCAUUAUCAUCAGGUCUGUAACACAGUGGUGAGCUUUCACUUUAAUAUGAUUUGCCAGGGCCAGGACUAGAGUGAGGUGACUGAGGCGCCUGGGGCACAAAAUUUAAGGAGGUGCCCACUCUCAGGGCUGUACAAGUGCCUUACCCUCGUCCUGACCCUGCGAUUUGCACUCCAUAAAGUAUUAUCACUUUAUCUUCCAAUAAACAAGCAUGGUUCUUCUGAUUUGGGGGGUAACUCGCUAUAAGUUGUAUCAGAUGUUUUUAUUGCUAUCUGUUUUUCACUGCUAUAAAUCUUCGUAUGCUUAUACAUAAAAGAAUCUUCAUUAUUAUCAGGAAACAUGAUUGCUUUCUAAGUAAUUUUCUCCAAGUGGCAAGUCAGUGCCCACUUUAGUAAGGAAUGCUGACAGGAUAGCCCAUCAGCAAAAGAGUGAAUGAGUUGGAGGUCUGUCCUUGGAAUCCUCGCUUUUUCUGUUCCAAUCUCCCCAGACCUUGCUUCCCAGCACCAGCUCUUCUGAGUGCCUCCUAGUUUGCUCUCUUCCUAGUUAAGAAAAGCAUGCUCUCAGGAAAGGAAUACAUUUCUUUACUUUGGGGUUAUAAGGCUUAAUGCUACCUCUUUUGAAGGUCGUUUGCAGUUUAACAGGGGAAAAGCCUUAUGCCAAAGGAAUGAAAUUUUACUGUAGAAUUUUAGGCAUCAAUUAGUUGCAGAAGUGGUGUGGGUUUUUUUCACCAUCAAAAGGCCAAAUUACUUGACAGCUAACUCCAGAAUAUAGAAAAUACCUUAAUCUUCUGGAAUUAUUUUAGUAAAUUACUGGUAAUCGAUUCAAUCUUCCUGAUACCUAGUGCUGUUCAAUAUGGCUCCUACCAAGAGACUCUCAGAAAUGCUACCAAACGCCACUGAAAAGGCCUAGAUAAUUCAUAUUGUACAUUAACAUUUUCUCACAAGUGGAAUUAAUACUAUUUAUCAUUUGAGUAAAAACAACAAAGGAAUUUAAAUAGUUUGUGAAGGUGUGUCCUGUUUGUGAAAGGUGAAACUGUCCAAUAUUGUCUGAUCAAUAUCAGUUGUCCAGUAUUGGUGGUGAUUAUUAAACUUAUUAGAGGUACAACUUUAUUGAUCACAAGCCUCUGCUUCCUGCCAUCUGUUUUGUGCUAUCGCUUCAGCUUGGUGUGAGAAUGAGACCAGAUCUAUACCACAGCACCCAGUCCCUCCAAAACCUUUGUGUGUAUUUCAGCUAUAAGUGAUUAAGGAUUUAAAAGGACAAGAGAGGGGAAAAGUGGUACAAAGAGCUGCUUUUGUCAAAGGGCAGCAAAAAAUAUAAUUACUUAAACAAUGACAUUAAAGAAAUAGUUUUAGAAUACUUGGAAACAGAUUCAUAGGGGAAUACAGUAGUAAAUUGUUAUAGACACCCAUUUGAGAUGCUUUUCAUAUGUUUAGGAAAAAAGAACUUGCAUAAGUAAUGGUUUGUGUGAAAUAGGUAUAUACUUUGUUCAGUAAAGCCCCAAAUUUAAACCAGUGGCUAUCAAAGCGUAAUCCCAGGACCAGCAGCAGCCCUGGGAUGUGUGUGUGUGUGUGUGUGUGUGUGUGUGUGUGUGCGCGCGCGCGCGCAUGCGAGCAUCUAUUCCAGUGAUGUUACUUCUUCAAGCCCCUGAAUCACUAUAGCCACGGCUCUCCAAAUGAUUCCAACCUCCCCAUCAUUUCUGCUAUCAUCAGAGUGAUCAGUCUCUGGCUAAGUGAUAUACUUUGUCAUGUUGGUCAGGUAUAUGUUGCUUAGUGUUAAGAAAUUAUCAGAUCAAAUCAACUACUUGCUCAACCUGCAAAAAUACUUUAUUUAACUUAGCCAGCAUAUCUGGCCUGUUUUUUACUUAAAUUUUUUAAAUUCACAAAUAGGAAAAAGGAAAAGAUGUUAUAUUUGUUUGGUAUUGACAAUGCUUAAAUACCUGUCUUCACCAUGCUGGUUGUUCUCUAGAAGGGCUCUGGCAGAAGUAUAGUUGAUUUUAAGAUUUUGCCUAAAUAGUGGAAUUUUAUAUCAACAAAUCCUCAAACAAAAUAUGAACUGAAACAACCAGUUAACCCCUCAACCUCUCUUUAGUGCCAAGCUUUAUAGAAAUUUAUUCCUUAUGUGAUGUUGAGCUUUUUUAAUGUCCAAUUUUAUAAAAUGUUAUGCAUGCAAACAAAGCAUCGUGCUCAUUAUACAAGUCACCCCAAACUCAUUUCCUCCUCCGUAUGUAUGAUGGUGAAGAAAUAUCAAUAUGUAUGUUCUUAUCUCUCCUGAUCAAUUGUAAAUUGCAAAUCUUUUCAUUAAUUUUUAAAUAAGAUAUAUUUACUCUGGCUAGUAGUUAAAAUUUUAUUCUUUUUAUUAUAUAUUUCAUUGCUACUUUUUUCUACUGACUCCAAAACUUACUUUGGGGAAUAUUUCUUAUUUCUAGAUUGCUGUAUUUAUCUUAUGUCUAUAUUUAUCUGUAAUCAUGGAAUAAUAGAGCUGAAAGGAACCAACUUCUCAUUUUACAGAUGAGGAACUGAGGCCCAGAAAGGUUAAAUAACUUAGAUAAGGUCACACAGUGGUAGGGCCCAGCCUCAAUCUCAGGUCUCCUGCCUAUGGGUCCAGUGCUUUUCCAUUUAAAGUACAACAUUUAUAGAAGACCCACAGCUGGCUUCUACUUUUAUGACACAUGAAUUUCCCAGGUAUUUCAGUGAAAUAAUAUAUAUGCUUUAAUGAAAAUGAUCAAGAGUUCUUUAGUUCAUGAAUCCAAAGACAAAUUUGAUUUUCAGUUUAGAAAUAGUAAUUCCUUCCAAAUUCAGUAUAUGUGCUCUACUUUGUACAAUGGAUGUUUUCCUUCAAAGUUGUUUGAAAAAUUACUGUUUUGGAUAAAAUUCCAUAUUUUAGAAGAGAAGCUUCCUAUGUAAGGGAAUCCUUUGGUGAUUUCUUUUGAAAAACAAAGAAUCCUCUUGUCAAUGUCUCCUAAAAGCCUAUACUUUUUUAAAAAUGUGAACUUUUGUAAUUGGUGUUUAUUUAAAGUAGGGCAAGCCAAUAUAGGCUUUCCUAGAAUCUACUUUAUCCUUCCCUUCUUAAACUUUGUGAAAUUUUUCAGACUGUUAGAUGCUCAUGAGAUACUUAGCUGUGCUCUAAAAACUUUACCUAACUUGAUAUUUUGUCAAUCCCUGGGCUCAAACUGUCGCCAUCUUAUCAAACAAUUACAGAAUUCCCUAAUCAACACUAAGUUCUGCAUGCAGUCUCUUUUCCAGAACAUUCUUUGCCUAGUGCUCAUUAGUGUGACUGUCUCCUCAGCUAUUCUUGGGUUUCCCUCCAUAGUUCAUGCAUAACUCAUUGUUCUGUGGAGUUUCAGGCAGUGGUCCAUUAGGCCUAUUUUAGUCAGAUGGAGUAGUAUUUACAGAUAUUUCCAUUUACAGAUGGUUCCCUUUUUUCUCUUGGAUCUUUUCUGGUUUGUCUUUUCAAGAAUGCUCAGAGGAUGGUGGAAUUUUCCCCAUCAUCCAGACCAGGGGUUGACAAACUUUUCUGUAAAGGGCCAGAUACUAACUAUUUUAAGCUCUGUGGGCCACAUAUGGCCUCAGUAACAAAUUCUUCUUUGUUGUUGUUUGAUCUUUCAAAUGGUGUUUUACACCUUAAAAAUAUAAAUACCAGUAUUAGCUCUUGGGCCAUACAAAGCCAGUGGCUGGAUUUGGCCCACUUGUCAUACUUUGCUGAGCCCUGACCCAGAUCAUCUUCUAUGACUCACCCCAUGUGAUCAUUGGCUUGUGUGCCAGAUAAUAUGGCUCACAAGUCUACACAGAGGUGGGUGGAGAGGAGCUGCAUAUGACAACCAUUACUAUUCAAUAGGGUACCCGUUAUGACUUCUCUGUCUCUCCCUCUACCUAUCUAUCUAUCCAUCCUCUAUCUAUCUCUCAUUUUCACUAACUACCUCAGCGUAGGAACCCUCAUUACUUUCUCCAGCCCUCCUAUCCUGAUUAUCCAAUGUGCCUCUGCUUCCUCAAGUUUGGGGUAAGCUGGCAGGGAAGAAAGGAUUUCUGAGAUUUCUUAUUUCUUUUGUCCCAUCAUUAACCCCAAACUGUGGUUCAUCAGUCCCACCCUGCCUCAUACUGCCGUCAUGAGUUUAAGGCUGUCUCUGGAGAGUCUGGUGGCCCAGGUCUUGAGAUUCCAGUCCAGUCUACAACUUUCUAUGGAAAUCACCAGCUCUUGAUUUGGUUCCAGUAGCUGGUUUCAAAAUCCAGAAUGUCCAUGUGUCCGUUUUCUGAUGUGAUUUGGACCUGUUCCAGACUCAGCCUCAGCAAGAAAAUCAAUGAAUGAUGGAGGUAUUCUGUGCCCUCUAGUUUUUUCUGCCCAAACCUCCUGUCUCCUGGUCCCCGGCUUCAGGGGAUAGACUCAUUGGGAUGCCCUGGGCAGCACCACAACCAGCAGGCAUUCAACAGACUACCACCUCCUGUUUCCUGCACCUCUAAAAGGAUUCCUUAAAGCUAAUUCACAUCUCUCUCCAUCUUUCUCCAUCUCUAUCUCUAAUUCUGUUACUUGGGGGUCUAAAAUUCAGAGUCACAUUUUAAUAUUUGCUUGUAUAAACUUGGGGAGAUGCAAGUGAAUCGGAAUGUGUAUGCCUCUGUGUAUAAGCAUGGUUUCUCCACCUGAACUGUGAACUCACAUUCCCUAAUGUGUACCUCUUACACACAUGCACAUACACCCUAUCCAGGACUCACAGCAGUUCUCUGGUCUAGAUCCAAGUCUGAUGGGGCUGGUGAAGGAGAAGGGGAUUGUGGGAGCUCCUGAGGCAUCUCCCUUUUCUCAUUGUCUUUUCUACUGACUUGUGCUGGCCUCUCCCAAGAAAUCAUUUAAAGAAACUCCUCUGUGACAAUUCUGGAAAGGCCAACAUUCAGAGAGUUAUGACUAUCAUUCAUUAAAGACUCAGACAUACCUCUCAGGCUGCAGGUUUUCCUAUCUAAGCACAUUGUUUUAUAGGACCUUUAGAUUGCUUUCUGUCAUUUGAGCCCAGGGAUCUACCCACUUACUGAAGUCUAAAUUUUAAAAAGUCAGACACAAGUUACUUUCAGGAUUUCCUGAUUUGAAAGCACCCAUGAAACAGUUUCUUUCUGCCUUGUGUUUAGGAUUUCCAGACUUAGGAAAGGAACCAGGCUUGCGCCUUGGAGUCUAAGGCAGCAAAAGUACCACACUUGCCAAAAACAAAUUGAGGAAGGAGGAUUGGCUAAUCCUAAUAUGCAUAGUCAAGAGAUGAACUUUUGUGACAUUAGCUCUCAUGGUUCAAUGCUUAUUGAGUGCCAACAAUGCACUUAAGGAAAACAAGGGAGAGUGGAAUUUACAGACCAAUAUUCUAAACUGGAAGGCAGUGAUGAGAAUGUGUCCGUCGAUAAAAAUUUCAAGAAGCUAAUAAAGAUCGGAAUCCCAGUCUUUCUAGAAUUCCAACACAAAAUGGAAGGGAGCCCUCUGUGGGUGUUAUUAUAAAGGGUUCUUAUAGUCUUUCUUUUAUCUUCUUUUAUUUUAUUUUAUUUUUAAACAAAAGCAUUCCUCACUGGUUUGCUGCCAGGAAUUGAAUUGCAUUCUUUAUAUAGCUAGAACUGUUUGUGUCUUCUUAAAAUAAACAACUUCUGUUAAAAAUCA